UAUUCUGCGGAAGAAGGAUGCUAAGGACAUGGCUCAACUCAGAUAGCCCCGUGUGUACAAAAAGCUACAAAAAGAUGAACUCUCUCCGGUGGAAAACAUGGGCGUGGGGACAAUGGCUCGUCCUGAUCGUGAUCUUGGGAUGUUGUUUGAGGCCAGUGCAAUGCUUUGGUGGGAACCUGGACAGCGAAUUUACAUAUCUUUUACCACCCGGAAGAUCUGAGUGUUUUUUUCAACCUGCAAUCAAAAAUGGGACAAUGGAAGUCGAAUAUCAGGUGAUAGCAGGUGCUGGAAUGGAUGUGGACUUCUCCAUAAUCUCUCCGCAUGGCAUAAGUCUGUUCUUUGAAUCUCGACGCUCUGAUGGAGUUCAAGUGGUGGAACCCACAGAGGAUGGGGACUACCAGAUCUGCUUCGACAACAGUUUCAGCCGGUUUUCAGAAAAGUUGGUGUUCUUUGAGAUCAUCAUUGAGGGAAGAGGAGGUGAUGUGGGCGGAGAUGAUGAGUGGGCGGGGCUAGACGAGCCUGAAGGGAGCUUACUGGAGUACAAGCUUGAUGACAUUCGGGAGUCCAUGGACAGUUUGCACCGUCGUUUGGAGCGCAGUCGACAAAUGCAGGUAAUGUUGCGAGCGUUUGAGGCGAGGGACCGAAACCUUCUAGAGGACAACCUGUGGAGAGUGUCCUUUUGGUCCUGUGCCAGUGUGGUGGUCCUGCUGUGCGUGGCUCUCACUCAGGUUUACACUGUACGAAAACUGUUUGAUGAUAAGCGGAGAGUCUGCACAUAAAUGAACUCUUGCAGAGUUUUUAUACUGCAAUACUUUUAUCAGAUGGCUUGUGUCUGAAUCUGUACAAUCCAAAUUGCAAUGCAUUUGGAAAAAAAAGUCACAAAAUACUGAUGUGAAACUUCGUGGUGGUUAGGAAAAUUAUGCAGUUUAUUCCUUAAACGAUCGUAGAGGAAACUAUUGUGCAAUAGAAUGUUCAUAUUUUAAUGUGCAUUUUCAUUUUGUUUUUGUUUUUUUUAGAAGCUUCAUCAAUAAAGUUUUGUUACUGACUGUGCCAGGGCAGCUGUGUGCUGUGGAGAUUUAAGAAUGUAAAAUUAUAUUUUUAUUUCAAGAAAAAAUUUACAUAUGCAAUGUGUCAAAUCAUUUGCAAGUUGUAAGUGUUGUACUGUUUCUGUUGUUUCACAAAGAAUAUACUUUGAAAAGGUACAGUGAUCACACCAGUUAACUGAAUAAAAGCCUUUUUUAUAAUACAAAA